AUGAUCAGAUCUUAUGCUUCUUCAUUUCUUCAAUCUCUUACCGUCUUCUUGAUUGUUUGUUGUUCUUCACUAGUUGCAGAAGUAAGUGCAGAUGUUCCAGCAUCAAAAAGAUUCAGUUACAACUUGGAACCCAACGGAUUCCGCCCAGGUUAUUAUGAAACCGAAUACCGUGUGAGUUUCCGUGAUUUACCGAUCCAAAGCUAUCCAUUUUCUCUUUGUUUUUAUGAAGCCAACCCUGAGAGUACUGGUAUCGACGAAUCCGUACCCGUUACCAACUCCUACAUACUUGCUAUCGGUAUGGGUCAUGCUCAUUCUGACGGCAUUACGCGUUGGGUUUGGGCAGCUAACCUUAAUCGUCCUGUUGGGAACAAAGCUAAACUUGUUUUCAGUCGCAGCGGAAAUCUUGCUUUAAUCGAUGGAAAUGGUCGAAUCGGUUGGCAAACUAGGACGAGCAACAAAGGUGUUGUUGAUAUUAGACUGCUCCCGAAUGGCAACUUGGUGCUUCUUGAUAGAAAUGGCGGAUUUGUCUGGCAGAGUUUCCAUUAUCCUACUAAUACCCUCUUGGUAGGACAAGGUCUUGGUCCUGGAAGUUCGACUACUAACAAGAUAGUAAACGGGAGAUACAGUUUGGUUCUGCAGGAUGCAAAACUUAGUUUGUUCAUCGCUCCGGAACCGAAAUCAUCGAAACCUAUCAACUAUUAUAACGUAACACAAAUGUCUGUGUUAGGGAGUAAUAUUACCUUUGACACUUCCAAGUACUUCUUUGGACCCGGUCCCGGAGGAUUCUAUAUCACAUUAAGCAUUGUUGUUAGUACUAAUUCCUUUUAUCCAUUGGCGAGUCCGAAAUACAAUAGUACUUUGUCUAUGCUUCGAAUAGGUUCAAAUGGUAAUCUAUUUAUCUAUACUUACUCUGACUUACCAGUUAAUAAUUAUAAGGCAUGGGAAAAAACUUAUGCCACCUUUUCUGGAGAGGGAGGCGAUAAUGAAUGCAUCCUACCUCCAAAGUGUGGGUCAUUCGGCCUUUGCGAGGAUGGCCAGUGUGUUGCUUGUCCGACACCGAAAGGACAACUGGGUUGGGACAAGAAUUGCAAACUACCAAGCAUACCUUCUUGCAAUGCUAGUGCAGCCAAUGUGGGUUAUUACGUAGUCCCAUAUGUAGCAGAUUAUCGGCUACUGGAUGAUUCUGACGGAGAAGGAUCACUGAGGGUCGACGAGUGUAUGAAGAAGUGUAGCAGUGACUGCAAGUGUGUCGGUUUCUUCCACAGAUUAUUAGCUACUCGUUUUCAGUGCUUGCUUGCUACCCAAAUCAAUACGUUGGCCAAGGGUGAUGUUUUUCGGGCCUCUGCAGAUGUUUACAUUAAGUAUACAAAGUAG